GUACCUUUGGCCGCCAUGGAUCAUCAACCCUUUCCCAUUGACCCGCAGGUAUAUUUCGAAGUCCCAGGCAGAUUUGAGCUCACUCAUCAGCUAGGAAUUGGUGCCCAAGGUGCAGUAAUGGCCGCACUCGAUAGAAUCACUGGACAGAAGUUAGCCGUGAAGAAGCUGUCCAGACCAUUCCAAGACCAAACACAUGCCAAACGAGCGUAUCGUGAGAUUAAGUUGCUGCAAACGCUAGAUCAUCCUUUUAUCAUCAAACUGCUUUACGCCUACUCACCGCAAAAUGAUUUGGCCUCGUUCAAAGACAUCUACCUGUUCACGGAAUGCAUGGAGGGCAGCCUGACCACGGUGAUCGGCAAUCCGCUUGAUCACGAAAGAAUUUCCUUUCUCAUCUAUCAAAUCCUGUGCGGCAUCAAGCACAUGCAUUCCGCCGGAAUCAUCCACCGAGAUCUGAAACCCUCGAACAUCGUAGUGAACAAAAAUUGCUCUCUCAAAAUAUUAGACUUUGGGCUGGCUCGAAGCGUGGGGACCAACUUCAAUAUGACUCAGUACGUGAUCACCCGAUACUACCGAGCCCCGGAGGUCAUUCUCCAUAUGGAGUACGACACUAACGUGGACAUUUGGGCGAUCGGAUGCAUCAUGGCCGAGCUCAUCAAAGGCCAAGUGCUGCUACCGGGAACGGACCACGUAGACCAAUGGAACCAGAUCACGACCACCCUGGGAACCCCUUCGCCAGAAUUUAUGUCUCGGACAACCGAAAGCAUCCGGAGAUACAUCGAAAAACUCCCCGUCUAUCCGAGACCGCCGUUUGACAUGCUGUUUCCAGAUUCGGACUUCCAGCAAGAUGACAACAGUCACGCGGAGGUGAACAGCCACUACGCACGGGACAUGCUCGACCGGAUGUUGACGAUCGACCCGUUGAAAAGGAUGACCGUUGAGGAAGCUUUGGUGCAUCCGUACGUGCGAUGCUGGGUCCGGGAGGAGGAAGUCAACCGACCGGCACCGGUGCCAUACGACCACACGUUGGACGAACAGGAGCUCAGCUUGGGUCAGUGGAAAGAACUGCUGUUCCGUGACGUGAAGGACAUCCAAGAACAAACGCUUGGCUAGUAUUAGAAGACAAAUGAGACCAACAACGAGGCUCGCAAUCGCAAAUCAUAUCAAAAUACAAUGUUUAGUCCGUUAGAUUUUGAACUAAUUUUAAGUAACGAUAUCUUUAUGGCUGUUAUGCUCGAGUAGAAGUUAAUCUCUUUGUUAAAAUCAAUGUAAAUACGUACGUUAUCGAAAUAAGUUAUAAAACACUGGUCUCAAAACUUCGCAAAUCUUUCAAGUUGAAUUCAAAUAUCACAAAACUUAGAGGAAGUCAACAUGGUCCAUGUCGCCCGCAAAGCACACACACAUUGACCGGAUUCCGUAAAAAUCGUACCCCGGCUGUUGAGCCCGGCUCGUCACAUUACACCUUUCAGAGCGAUGUUGAAGAGCAGGCAUGAGAAUCCGCCACCUUGUCGCAGUCCCCGGCGAGAUCCAAAUGAACUGCAUAGUUCACCCGAAAUCCUCACGAAAUUUUGAACACCGUCCAUCGUUGCUUUGAUCAACCGUUUUCGUCCAUAAUUUUCCAUAGCUCUGUGCGGUCGAUACAGUCGUAUCCCGCCUUGAUGUAGAUGACCAGGUGAUGUAUCGUGGCCUGGUAUUCACGGCGUUUCUGGAGGAUUUGCCGUAUUGAAGAUCUGGUCCGUUGCUGAAACGUCCGUUGUCGUCCGGUCGGCCUAAGUUCUCAUGAACUCAUUCGUUGUGGGUGACAGACGAUAGAAGGUGAAUUUGGGAUAGCACUUCCUUGGCGGCAUUCGAAAUGGUGAUCGCUCUGAAGUUCGCAGACAUCCAUAGCUUAUAGAAAAACGGUCAGAGCUUUAUUACUUUUCGUUAUAUACCUACUCGAUUUUGAUUUUUAGAAUUAUACCUCAUAUGCUAUUCUGCUAUUAUCAACGCAUCCCCUGGCAUUUGCCCAUCUGCGUUGUCUUUUCACUAGGCAAUACCAAUUGAUUUUUAUGGGCUUGCCGGACCAAAUCAUGUAGCUAAGCCAAACACCCCACCUACAACUGUUGGGUAGGCACCAUUGUCCCGCCCACUGGUCUUUUACAGCUAGUUGUAGGUGCAUGUGUGCGUGUAAGUAAUGGAGUGUGUGUGUGUUAGUGUUGGUGUAUUGUAGGCGCCAACUCGUUCUAAUCCACUCUGAUUGCUAGCUCUGAUUGCGCUAUGGGAACCAUGAUGGCUAGCGGUGUUUAGAACUACAGUCAACUUUCGUUCGUUGCACUAAGCUCUUAGCCCAGUUAGUGAAAGACUUUCACUAGGUGGGCUGAGUUUUGAGCUGUGAAAUAAUCAAUAGAGAUUCAGGGCUGCCAACCUUGACAAAUCGUGCUUCACGUCAAAAAGUGACGUUUGACUUCGUUUUAACUGGGCUAUAUCCCACCUAACGGGCGCCCAGUUAAAACGUAGCCCACCUAAACGUAGCCCAACGACCGAAAGUUGACUGUAUACCUCAUAUGUUGCCGGAAAACGUCAUCCAACGUCAAAAAAGGAUUUUUGUAUUAGUACUAAUGUUUAUUUCACGGAAAAAAAUGCCAUCAAAAAUCUUAUCUACUACUUAUCAGAAAUUCGGAAAGUUGGUCGUUGUGUCCAGACGUAAGAGCUUGUGGCGAUCAAGAGUGUUGCGUUCCGUAUUUACAUCGAAAAGGGCUCCCUCCCACUAACCGGUUGUAAAAAUAUAAGAUUUAUAAAAGGCGAUAGCUCUUCAUCUGCCGGGAGUGGAAUAUUUACACAUCCUCCUUAGCUUCUAUGGAAACGGGCAAUCGCGAAAUCAUACAAU